CAAAAAUGGAUUUGAGAUUUAAACAGGUCCUGUUAUUUAUGCUAUUUCUUGUGGUUUUAAAUGGUCAUGCCACAGCAGAGUCAGAAACAGAGAGUUUACCAAGGUUAAGAGCUGCUCCAUUGAGGAAUACAGGGGUUAGUGUUAUAGAUGGCAUAGGAACAGAGGAUGUCCUUAUAUCUGAUAGUGAUACGAAUGGACUGGAUGAAAGGAAGGUUGGAAGUGGCAGAGUCUCAGUGUCCACAGUUGCAUUUCUCACGCUGGCAAUGGCUGCUGCUACCGGUUUAGGUGCACUACAAUUCUUCUUUGUGGAACUUGAUCCCCAGUGGGCUGGAAUAUGCAAUGGGAUGGCUGCUGGGGUGAUGUUGGCAGCAAGCUUUAACCUCAUACAGAAAGGACAAGAGCAUGGGUCUGGCAAUUGGGUUGUGUUUGGAAUUUUGACGGGUGGAAUUUUCAUUUGGCUUUGUAAGAAAUUUUUGGAGCAAUAUGGUGAAGUAAGCAUGUUAGACAUAAAAGGAGCGAACGCAACUAAAGUCAUUCUUGUUGUUGGAAUAAUGACUCUUCAUUCCUUUAGGGAAGGUUCUAGUGUCGAAGUGUCCUUUGCUGGCUCAAAAGAUUUAUCUCAGGGCCUUUUGGUAACUUUGCCUAUUGAUGUGCAUAACAUACAUGAGGGCUUAGCUGUUAGUAUGGUGUUGGCAUCAAGGGGGGUUUCUCCACAGAAUGUAAUGUUCUGGAGUGUAAUUACAUCAUUGCCCCAGCCUAUUGUAGCAGUUCCUUCAUUUAUAUGUGCAAAUGCUUUUAACAAAUUCCUGCCAUUCUGUACGGGCUUUGCAGCUGCGUGUAUGAUUUGGAUGGUCAUUGCUGAGGUCCUUCCCGAUGGACUCAAGGAAGCCUGUCCAUCCCAUGUUGCAUCAGCAGCCACGCUUUCGGUUGCAUUUAUGGAAGCUCUUAGUGCAGUCUUCCAAAUUUUCAGCCACGGCUACAAUUCAGAGGACGUCUCCGGCUUUUUCGUGUCUCUACUUUUUGGUCUUGGGCCGUUGCUCGGUGGCGUUGUUCUUGUUGCAUCUUCUCUUGCUUUUCAGCUUCAGCAUGCUCUUCUUACUGGUGUAGCCUCUGGCAUUGCCUUUGUUCUUGCUGCCUGGCGACCAUCACAGAUACUUUUUUCUUUGAAGAUGGGGUUUUUCCCCCUUUUGUUACUGCUUGCAUUGGGAUCUGCAUUUUCUUAUAUUGCAAUUACAACCACUUUGAAGCUGACAGUUAAAAAAAAAACAUCGGCUGAUACCUUAUCUGCAGUAACAGGCUUCUCCAUGAGUGCCCUUAGUCUUCAGUCGUUCUUGUCAUGCGUUGCAGUUGCUUUUCAUGCUCUGGUGGAGGGGUUUACAUUAGGAGUGGCUGCCCCUAAAGCUUAUGGGCUUGGACGUCACAUGGUCCUUCCGGUCUCUCGGUACGGACUUCCUCGGGGUGCUGCCGUAGCCAGCUGCAUCUUUGGGGCAACUGACAGCUGGUAUGGACCCCUUGUAGGCGCUGCAGUGAUUGGGUCUGUGGGGCCAUUAUCUGCAAUUGGAGCAAUACUCGCAGGAAUUGAUUACAGUGGUUUGGACCAUUUGAUGGUGUUUGCAUGUGGGGGAUUAAUCCCAUGUUUUGGGAGCAUUGUUAGGAGAGCAGUGAGCCUCGAUACAAAGAAGGGAAGCUUUGGCCUCAUGAUGGGUGUAGGGUUCGCUACUGUGUGCCUAACAUGCACUAAGUUGGUUUGCUUGCACACUCCUUACUGCAACUCUGCACCAGAGGCUGUCAGAUGA